AUGCCGUCAGCAGAACAGCGCAAACAAAUCGGCCAGCUAUUUGCUGUUGGUUUCCAUGGCCGUGAAAUCAACAAAGAAAUCACAACACUCAUUCGCGACUAUGGCGUUGGCGCAAUCGUGCUCUUCAAGCGCAACGUGCUCGACGCCACUCAGCUCCAGGCGCUCUGCCUAGGCCUCCAGAAGAUUGCAAGCGAUGCAGGCCACAGCCAACCCCUCUUCAUCGGAAUAGAUCAGGAAAACGGCCUGGUCACUCGGAUAUCACCGCCCAUCGCCGCCCAGCAGCCAGGCCCCAUGACUCUCGGGGCUACCGGCUCUCUUGACUAUGCGUACGAGGUCGCCAAGGCCACCGGAGGGAUGCUGCAGUAUUUCGGCAUUAACAUGAACUACGCUCCAGUUGGCGACAUCAACUCGGAACCAUUAAAUCCUGUUAUUGGCGUUCGGAGUCCCAGUGACCAGGCAGAAACUGUGUCCAAGUUUGCGGCAGCAUGUGCAAGGGGCUUGAGAGAGCUCAACGUCGCUCCGUGCAUCAAGCAUUUUCCCGGCCAUGGAGAUACAGCUGUUGACUCUCACUACGGUCUGCCAGUCAUUGACAAAUCAAGAGCUGAUAUGGAAAAGUUGGAACUGAUUCCGUUCCGUGAUGCUGUUGCCGACAACAUCGAGAUGGUCAUGACGGCUCACAUCUCUUUACCACAGCUAUCAAAGGACGGCCUGCCCGCCACACUAUCCUCAGAAACCAUCGGCAUCUUGCGAAACGAGUGGAAGUACGAGGGUGUCAUUAUGACGGAUUGCCUGGAAAUGGACGGCAUUCGCGCGGAAUUUGGCAGCGUCAAAGGAGCACUCAUGGCAUUUCAGGCCGGCGUCGACAAUGUCAUGAUUUGCCAUACCUUUGACGUGCAGAGUGCGGCCAUCGAUCACGUCUGCGACGCCGUCACAGCCGGAACACUAUCCCAAGAGAGAAUAGACGCAUCUCUGGAACGUCUCCGAAAAUUAAAGGAAAGAUAUACGAGCUGGCCUCGCGCCCUCGGCACAGAACCGCCAGAGACUUUAGCCGCACUGAACAAGUGCGGAGAGAAGCUCGCCAGUCAAGUCUACGCAGAUGCAGUCACUCUGGUACGAGCAGAAGAAGGCCUUUUGCCUCUUAAGCCGACUACAAAGAUUGCGUUUGUCUCUCCUGGGCCCGAUGUGCCCAUCGGAGGCGCCGUUGAUAGCGGAACUCUACCAACGCGCGUUCCUUGGAUCGCAGACACCUUUGAGGAGCGCAUCCGGAAGCGAGCAUCUCAGACAACCGAUAUCCGAUUCACGAGCUCUACCCUCACGGAUGAGCAAUGGAAGCAGGUGGACGAGGCUGAUGUUGUGAUUCUCGCAACCCGCAACGCGCGCGAGUCCAAGUACCAGAAAGAGCUUGGCCUCAAGGUCGCCAAACGACGAGCGUCAUCGCCGCUCAUCUCAGUUGCCACAUGUGCUCCAUAUGAUUUCCUGGAUGAUGCUCAGAUUCGCACGUACAUUGCCGUGUAUGAGCCUACUGUGGAGGCAUUCAGCGCGGCGGUGGAUCUUUUAUUUGGAGAUGCACAGCCAAGGGGCAAGUUGCCGGUGGCGCACUAG